ACACAAUGAAGAUUAUACAUCAAGCACAUGGCUCUAAGACCAAUGAACUUGUUGUGAGUUUAGAGGAUGACGACAGACUCAUUUUGGAGGAAGACAGCACCUUGAAAGCGACCGGAGUAGCUAAUGAAACAGAGCUCGCAUUUUUCUGCAUGGACGAUUACAGAAAAUAUAAAACCAAUCCUGUGGCUACCUGGUGAAGACCAAGAAAAUUGAGAGAGAAAAAAAUAUUCGCUGUUAAUAAGACGGUUUAUCCUGAAAUCCUAAAAAAAAAUGUCUGUUAACAAGCAUUGAGGCUUUUGUUUACAGAAAUGCAGGACCCAUUGCAGAAGGGGAGACUCCCAACAGUGACAUUGCUUUCCAACAAGAUUAAUUUCACUUCCCGAAAUGUGUGAUGAUGUUUUAUGAUGUUUUAUAAUAAACAUACGUCGAUACCUUCCCUGUA